AUGGAGGACGCGGUGCGCGCAGCGAGGCCCUCGAAGGCUGCGAACGAGGACGCACUCUCAUUCCUCGACCUAUCAUCGGAGGUUCGAAAUUUGGUAUACACCCUGUUGUACGAGUAUCCGGACCCGCUGCUCGUCGUAGGCGCGUGGGACGGGGCGCGGCCUCAGCUAUAUCGGCAUGUUGGGGACAGAAACCAAACUCUCAUCCGCGCUCGCAGCUUCGAAUUCUGCCACCAUUUCGUCGGGUAUCCGCAGCCGUACGAGCUGGAGGGCGUUGCACAAGUCGGACUCAAUUUCUUUCUGACUUGCCACCAAAUUUACACCGAGGCGUCGUCCGUGUUCUACGCGAACAAUACGUUCUCGAUCACCAAGAUGUUCAUGCACCGAUUUCAAUCCCACGAUACAGAGGGUAUGCACCUCACCAUGGGGGCGAAGUGGCUGACCGGACUUGGUUCUCAGGUUUCCAUGCUUAGACGGGUCACACUGGAUCUAGAUCUUCUGUGCCCCUCAAGCUGCGAGACCGGGAUUGACUUCCUAUAUGUGGAUGGAGACGAGCUGCAUUUUCUCCGCUUUGGACCUCUCGUGCAGGCUAUGUGGAGCUACGACCACGACCUCGAUAUUAGCUUCGUGCAUUCACAGGGCAUGCUUGACCGUUUAUGGCGGCACAGCCACGGCUCGUUUCCUUCCAUGCCGUGUCCCCAUCCUAUCGACGUUAUGGCUCUAUCGAAGAUGCUCUGGUCUUUGCAUAAAGAUAGUCUGGGUAUCAGGAAACAUUGUCGGUUCAUCUCGGAUAUCGCAGUUGCUAGAAGUGGUGGAGAAGGGUUUGUCGUGUACAGAACGAAUGCCCUGCACGUGGAUCCUCGGCCAUAUGGCGUACUGCAACCUGGAGCACGCGAAAACACUAUUCGACGAUUUGCGGCUGACCGUGGCGAGAACCUUCGAAUGGAACCUCGAACGCCUCCAACCUUGCUCGGGCUACCCAAGGAUCUCCAGCAUCAAAUUUUCGGCCGUGUCAUGUUUCCUGUAGGAGGCGUGAUGGUCCAUUUAGACAAAGAUGUCAUAGUCGAGCUUGAGAAGAAUCGUUUCGCAGACAUCUUGGGACUCUCCGUUGCACAAGUCAACCAGGAGUUAGCGUUCAGAUAUGCAUCCGCAUUUUGGCGGAAUAAUACCUUUAUUCUUGGAAUGACUACGAGCGGCCCGCGUACGUCUUUCAAUGGGUUCUCCGCACUCCGCCGCUGGAUGUGCUCUGGGGCGAGUACCACCCUACCCUACCUUGGGGGCAAGGCCGAAAAGACCAAGGAAAUGGGCGGACUGCAGAUAGCCCUGCGAUUCAAGUUAUCGGAGCUACCGAAGCUACCGAAUUUAGGGACUCUGCGAAUAAACGUCAUCGACCUAGUUCUCAUUCUUGCACACAUCGAACGUCGGACCAAACUUGGCGACGUGGAGAUCCGCAUCGUGCUAUGGAAAUGUGACGAGGAUGGGCGCAAGACGUUCGUUGCCGAUACACCUACUAUGCUCCAUUGGCUUCGGAGCACCAUUUUCCAGGCAUUGUCAUGGAUCAUUAGUCGCGAUUCCUCGAUCGCGGAUGCCGGGUGUCCAGAUAUUUCAUUGAUGGUUUCGGCCAGGCAGUCGAAUAUCGUCUCGCCGGGACCACGAAUAUCCUCAAAAUACCGAUUCUGA